UAAAACGUUGUUUGCAAACAUGAUUGAUUAUUUUCAAGAAAAUUAUUUAAUUAUAUUAUUAACCUUUGUUAUAAUUUUAAUACCUAUUUUAUAUGCAAUUAUCAAAAGAUAUUCCAUUAGAAGGCGAUCUAUAAUGCUAUUAGGUCUUAGUGGAGCAGGCAAGACAUAUUUUUUUACAUUACUUUUGCAUAAUAAGCAGAAGAUCACUUAUACAUCCAUUAAAGAAAAUAAAGGAAUUUAUAUCGCUAAUAACAAACAAAUACUGGAUAUUAUAGAUAUACCUGGAUUUGAAGCAAUUACUUACCCCUUAAUUGAUAAAUACAAAUCGUCAGCUUUAGGUGUUAUAUUUUUUAUUGAUAGCUCACAAUUUUCUAAAAAUUAUAGAGAUGUUGCUAAUUAUUUGUACAAUAUUAUUCAUGAUAAAGUUAUUUAUACUAACCAAAUCCCCUUUUUGAUCAUAUGCCAUAAACAAGAUUCACCACUUGCUAAAAAUUCAACAGCUAUCAGAACAACUUUGGAAACUGAAUUUGAAAUACUAAAAAGGACAAAUCAAGGAAAUUUAAGCCAUCCUAGAGCCUUGUUUUAUAAACAUACUGAUAUAUUUUCAUUCGAUAAAAUUAAAAACAAAAUUGAAUUUGUAGAAUUAAACAAUGAUCCUGUUUUAGAUAAUCUUAAAGCAAUAAAUUGGUUAAAUAAUUUAUAA